GAGGCCCCCGUGGCCCGGCCGCCCCCAUAGCUGACUCAUAACUUAUUACUAAGUAGUUUGUAUUGGUAUUUUAAUACCUGUAAACAUCUUAUAAAGAUGAGGUAACGUCUUAAGACGUAUAAGCUGUCACCUGUUGAGAGGUAUUAGAAUAGUGCGCUAUCAACAUGGUUUAUGUAACCUGAGGUGAAAGUGCUGUAAUUGUUGACAUGUAGCUGCGUAAACUACUUGCUGUCAUGUCGAGGCAAAGGCAGCUAGGUGGCAUCAACUCGCUAGAUAUUUUACAAAUUAAAGCCUUCAAGUUUCUGAAUUGUGAAGGUCGUCAAGCACUAUGGUAUAUUUUCUCCAUAGCAUGUCAAAAACCAGAGACACAAACUUUGCAUGAUUAUUUUAUAAAUGAAGUGAAAAUGGAAGAAGGUCAUUUUAUAAGAAGGUUUUUUCCCACGCAACUAAGCAAAAUUGAAAGUGAUCCAAGUGGGAAGGAUUUUGAUAUUACACUGUUAUUUAAGUGUUUGGGACUUCCACUGUCAGGGUUAUCCAAAUGUGGUAGUGAAGCGUGGUCUUCAGAUGAUGAAACAAAGUUAGAGUGCCUUAUAAGUAAAGUGAAGGAUCAACGGAAUGACCUGAGUCAUAUUAAAGAAAUUAAAUCUCCAUCUGAGUUGGAAGAAUAUGCCACCACGGUGACAGACCUAUUAUCCAAGACCUACAAAUUGGCUGGUGAAAAGUAUGAUCGUGAUCAAGAUGAGGUAAACGAGUGUAUCUCCGAGAUGGAGAAACAAAUAGAUUUUAUUUUACGUGCACCCUUAAAAGUAAUAGCUGAUGAUCAUUUGCAGAUAAUGCUAGACUUAAAAGCGCAGCAGGAAACUUUUGUUCUAAAUGCUUCUACAGAUCUCAGAAGACUGUACGAGGUAACUUCCAAAAUACACCCAGCAUCUUUUAUGACUCAUACAGAAUCCUUGCAAGUUCAGAGUGUAUACUCGAAAGUGGAGGUUGUGGAAGAGCGGCACAAAUACAAGAAAACUUUUGCCAUAGACCACGAUAGCUUGCUGGAGUUAAGAACAUAUGAUGAGAAAGUGCCAUCAGUGAUCAUAGUGGAAGGUGAGGCAGGCAUGGGCAAAACAACACUCAUCAAACUUAUCCUGGCAGAAUGGGCCAACCUUCCUGACAGUCCUAAUACAAUUCAUGGCUUGGACAAAUAUGAAUUAAUUCUUCAUUCUGAAUGCAGAAAUCAAUCAAUAUCUACAUUUCUUGACUUGCUUAAUGUUCUCCUUGGUCAAUCAUCUCUCCUACUGUCUAAAGAAGAACUGUUACAUUCAGUUUUGAGUAAGAAAACUCUAGUACUUCUAGAUGGAGUAGAUGAAUGGAAUCAAAACUCAAAGAAACUUUUGCUUGAACUUGUUGAUCGUAGAAUACCAGAGAGUGGUGACAAGCUCCAGUUGCUAUGCACAACUAGACCAGAGAAAGUGGAUGAAUUGCUGUCUCACCUUAAAGUUUCUUGGGUACACACCAGAAUACAAGGAAUACAUCCAGAUAAACAGAAUGAAUUCAUUAUCAAAUUUAUGGAGGUUUUGACUCAACACACCAACAUUGAUCCAAGAACACCAGUAGAUCUUCACACAAAGAUCCAGGGAUUGAAGAAUUUUCUGCAAUGCUCUCGGACCAAAAUGGGGGAACAGUUCAAACUGCCUCUGAAUUUAGCCUUGCUGACCUUCCUUUGGGUUAAUAACUCGGAAGAUAUCAGUAUAGUGAAAACAACUACUGAGCUCUAUGCAGUAUUUCAUGAUCUUGGGCAGAAGCGCCUUAUUCAGCGACUUGUUCACCGUCAAGAAAAUAGAAGUAAGAGAGAUUGGGAAAAUCUAUGUAAUGGUUUCCUCUGUGUUUUGUAUAAGGAGUGUCUAAUUGCACUAUCCAGAGUUGCCAUGCAGAUGCCUAAGGAAUGCACACAAACAAUAGAAACUUAUUGUAAACGUGAAGACCUGCCCAUUUCAGAUUUAUUAGAGAACUAUAUGGAAGUGUACAGAGAGUGGGAUGUUUGUGGAUACUUAACAGUAUUAGCACCUCCUCACAAGAGCAAAUUGGAAUUCUUUUCUGCACAUGGAGUUAUUAAUGAGAUCUGUAUAAACCAUGAUGUUCAGAAAGUUUUAAUUGAUCUUCAAAACCUACUUGUUUCCCAUAAUGUAUCACAGGAUAUAAUGAAAGACAUAUUAGAAUUUGCCAGUAAUAAGCUAAAAAAUGAGAACCCUAAAACUAUUCGGCAUGUGUUGGAGAGCCUUCAUUCCACUGAAAAUGAACUGGAUAUAAAACAGUACCAGAAUAUGCUAAUCAUGAUGGCUGGAAUUAUGUCCAAGAAUCAUGAAAAUGAUCUCCAUACAUAUGGACCUGAACUUCUUGAACUCCUCAAGAUGAGUGGACUAAGUAGUCAUCAGUUUCUUAAUAUUGUGGCAGAGACAAAGCAUGAUAAAUUUAUUGCUGAAUUAGUGGCUAAGAAUCUUGAUGAUAAGACACUGGAAGUAUCAGACGGACACAUAGGAUCAGCAUUGGCAGUUCUACCCCAUCUUGCGGAGAGCACAGAAGUUAAAAUCAAACUACAGGGUGACCCAAAAUACUUGCCUGAUAUACAAGAUCUUCUCUUGUUUGUGGCUUCUCGCUCUUGCAUGGUAUCACUGAUUCUUGAACACCUCCUACACGUGCCAGACACAUCUGCUGAUCAUCUGCUGAAACUCCUUCAAAAUAGCAGGUGUAAAUUGCUUCACCUGGAGGGACACCUAAGUUCUAGUGCAGUGAUUCCAAACACAGUGGAACAGCUUGACCUCUCUGCUGCUACGGGCUCCUCAAACCCUGCACUUCCUAACUUGGACCACCUAUCAAACCUAUUCCAUUUGGAUAUCCAUAUAUUACGCGGCGUCAUUCCGAAACAUUUGCAACCCCUGCCUUCGCUACCUGAGAGAUCCAGUGGUAUCACUCUUAACUUAUAUGAUGUGGGUGACAUGGAUGUUGAGUGGGCAAAUGAAGUGGUGCGAGCACUGUGUCCUAUUAAAAGCAAAGAGUAUGACAGCUUGGUGUUCUGGAGGAGUCAACUGAGUGCUGAUGGGUGUAAAACAUUAGUGAAGGCUUUGGCAGACCCUCCAAGCAUAAAGCUGGAGGACACCCUGAAAGUCUCCUCCAAGACCCUCAAUACCACUGAUCAAGAGGUCCUGUUAAAACACACCAAGAAAAACUUGAGAUGCAAAUUUACACUGUUAAGAUGAUUGAAGAUAAACUCAAUUAUUUGCUAAUGAAGCUCCAAGAGUUCAAGCUGUACCUGAUGUGCAAAUAUUCAUGACAAUCAUCGUUCCUAAUUGCCUCAAUAGACACAGAACGCCUGCAGCUUGUGAGAGUUCCCAAAUUUGUAAUGAUUGCUGUAGUUCUCUUUUAAACUUAAGUUGUUGUUUCGUUGGUAUAUUAGUAGUUAGAGCAUGCACUCUUUCUAUAAUUCUUAGACUCACAGUAUAGUUAAGUAUCUAAAAUCCAAAAACCCAAAGAGUAAAUUCACCUAAAAUACAAAUGAACUUAAACAAUUUUAUAAAAAAAUACAAAAAUUCUUAGUAUUUUUCUUUGAGGGCCACUCAGUAGCUCCUUGAUCCUAAUCUCUAAAAUGAAGUCAUGAUCAUAUGUUGAUCUCCUGGGCCACUGCAGUCAUCAUCUUUGCUGAUUUUUGUUGUUAAAGUAUUGUCCGGGUUUAUACCGUUGAUGUAAAUAUGGUUAUAAUCUAUAUGAAUGCAACGGGGUUAACAAAGGCCCAUGAAAAAAAUGUGCUAUUGUUUUGUAAAUGCUUUUUAUGUGAUAAAGUUUUAAUGUAAUACAGGUCUGCUGGAUUCUGACUGUGGGUUAAGUAUUUUUCUUCUUUCUUCUUGUGUUAUUCAUUCAUUUGGACUCCAUACUGCCUUGACUUGUGUAUACCAUGGUUCCAGCAGUGCGUGGAUCAUUCUUUCACCUCCACCCUUCUCAUUCUCCUUGUGAACCACUUGGGCUGUGAUACAUAUGUCAGGCUGUGAGCAGCUGCAUCCAACAGCCUGGUUGACCUGGUUGAUACCUGGACCAGACCAGCAACCCGGAGGCCUGGUCGGGGAUGGGCCACAGUGAUGUUGAGCCCCGAAAUCAUCGCUAGGUAACCGCAAGGUAGGUCCCUGGAUCGGUUGCUAAUCUUUCUCUCCUCCUCUUGUUUCUCUGUCCCCUUCAGUCCACUUCUUUCUGAAGGGAUCCCUGGUGGCUCCUUGAAGAUAUCUUCCUGAGAUUGCUUCACACUAGAAGAUCACAUCCACUGUGGCUAGUUUUGUUGGCCUACUGCAAACCAGAGCCAGAACCUGGGCCACUCACGGAGCCACAGAGAGCAGGUGACAAUCCACCACCUCACCAGAGGAAGCCUGCAGAAAGUCAUUGCAGCUUUACAGACAACUAUAGGGUUGUCUGUAAUGCUGCACUGGGAAGAUUGUCUUUCCAAUUAAUAAAUUUAAUUGGAAAGACUUGUUGCUAGGCAAGGAAAUAAAUGAGAUGUAUGCCAAAUUCUGUGAACUAUAUGAUGAAGGUACUAAAAAAUGUAUACCAAAACAGAGAUGCAGAACCAGAAAACAGGAGUGGUUCAGUAGAAAUUGUGAGAGGGCAAGAGAGGAAAAGACAAGGAAAUGGGUACAUUAUAGGAAGAGGCCUAACCCUCAAACAUACCAGCACUACAAACAAGCAAGAGACAAAUACACAGCAGUGAGGAGAGAGGCAGAAAGGAUCUUUAAGAAAGCAGUUGCGGGGACAAAUGUAAAACAGAUCCAGGCCUUUGCUAUAAUACAUUCAAAACAAGCUGCCUAUAAAGGAUAAAGUCCAGAGAGUGAAAUGGGGAACUGGUUCACUGAGAGUGAAAAAGAAGUGUGUGAAACACUAAAUGAACAGUUCCAAAGUGUUCAUGUAAAAUGAGGAUUUCAGAGAGCUGGAUCUAAUGCCAGUUCCAGAAAAUACCAUAGACUACAUAGAGGUGUCUUGAGAUAAAGUGGAAAAUUUACUGAAGGGGCUAAGAAGAAAUAAAGCUGUUGGACCAGACGGUGUUUCACCUUAGGUACUGAAAGAAUGUGCAACUGAGCUGAGCAUUCCACUUCAAUUGAUAUUCCAGACAUGUUUGUCCACAGGAAUCUUAGCAGAUAUUUGGAAAAAGGCAAACAUAUGCAGACGAUGAGUCACAAUAAUGUGGCUUAAGAUAUGAAGACCACACACCAGAAAAUGAGGAAAUGACAACGUACCCUUUGAGGAAGGGUUGACUGUGUCAAUCUGGACCUAAAAAAGUUUUUGAUAGAGUCCCACACAAGAGGCUGUUUUGGAAACUGAUUCAGUCCAUCCUGGACCAUUAUCAAGUCGAUUGUGGUGAGACGAGGGAGGCACGAGCAUUAAGUAAGGCAAGAGGGAGAUGAGGAGGAAAUCUUUGAGGAAGGUAAGAGCAAGGCAAAAGGUACAGAUAGGAUAGGUGUAAUAAAGGAGUGUAAGAGGGUAAUAAUAGGUGUAAGAAUGGGAACUUAAGAAAAGAGGGGAGAGAAAAAGAAAAAGGAUUGGUAGGCUUACGUUAUGUCACGUUUGUUAGAAAGUUUAGAACAUUCGAGUAUGUACUGUUCUGUGAAAGGGAAGAGUUAACAGCAACAAAGCCAGGACAAAGGUUCAUAACAUAAGCCUGCCCAUCCCUUUUCUUUUUCUUUCCCCUCUUGUUCUUGCGUACCCAUUCUUACACCUAUUAUUACCCCCCACCCCUUACACCCCUUUAUUACACUGAUCCUAUAAGUACCUUUCGCCUUGCUCUUACCUUCCUCAAAGAUUUCCUCCUCACCUCUCUAGUACAGCUACCCCUCCUCUGCACUCCAGUGCUUAUUUGUCUCCUCAUGUAGGCUGGCUUUGUUUCUUACUAUGUGGGGCUGGCUGUUUGCUCAUUCCGCAGGUGUCUUUGUUCCGGGGCUUGCUAUUCUUGCUGGCUCACUGGCUGCAUUUACACAAAGUUUGCCAUUACCAGUAAUUAGGUUCGGGGAGCUAUUGAAAAGCCAAAAGAUUUUAAUCUUAAAGACAACUAUAAUCACAUCACCUACCAUGUGAUUGAUUGGUUGGUGAUGUGAUUAAUCAUUAAUCACAUAAUUAAAUUAAUUAAAUAGGUAAUUAAACCAUUAAUUAUUUUGACCUUGGUAGUAAAAAAUAAUUCUUUUAUAAUGUUUUAUAAUGCAGUUAUUUAUAUUUUUUGUGGCUCACUGAAGCUAUUACACCGAUUCAGUCAGUACCUUAUUACUAGGUGCCAUCAGUGGCAGAGUUCUUAUUGAUCUACCGGGGACGUUGAGCCAGAACCUGGCCCCCUCUGAAGCGUACAGGGAGCAGUGGCAUUAUGAGCACCUUACAUUUAAAGUAAUUUUUGUCUGCCACCACCAUGGAAACACCCAGAAAGUCAGUGAAAUAAAAGAAACCACUGUAUGGUUAAAAAUGACACUGCUGCCUCAAAACUGCCAAAAAUCUCCCCAAACUAUGAAAAGAAACUACUAAAAGUUCAUGGGAAGUACAUACAUACAAGGGGUGAUACAGAUAUUAAUGAAUUUAUAGAUAGA